AUGGAUCUCAAAGGGAGNCUCGGCCACCCCACCUCCAUAGCCGCCACUCUCUGUGAUAUCUGUCAUGAGAAGCGCGCCUAUGUCUUCUGCAGACAAGACAGAGCUCUCCUUUGCAGACAAUGUGAUGUUUCCAUCCAUGAUGUCAACGAACAUACCAAGACGCACGACAGGUUUCUUUUCACUGGAAUAACGCUUGAAGAAAAAACCAGAACAACCUCAACCUCGUCAACCUCAAACCCCGCACAAACUUCACUCUCGAACGAGAACAUUGAUUCUUUUGCUUCUUCUCGCACACUUAAUAACUCGAGUUCGGUUCUCACUGGAAUAACGCUUGAAGAAAAAACAACCUCAACCUCAUCAACCUCGAACGAAAACAUCGAUCCUUUUGGUUCUUCUCGCACAGUUUAUAACUCGAAUUCGGUUUCAACAAGUAGCUUAUCCGAGUACUUGAUUCAGACCAUUCCCGGUUACUGCAUGGAAGACCUUUUAGAUGCUUCGUUUGCUGCAUCAAAUGCUUUCUCUAAGGAUUAUGAGUUUCCGAAUGAAGAUGUUCAAGUUAGCAUGUGCUCCAUCCCACUGCAAACUCAAUUUAACACUGCUUCGAAUGUUUAUCCUGAAAUGCCAAAAGCUAAAGCCGGUGAAGGAUACUCAGAUUGGAUUCAUAAUUCUGAUUCCGCAGCCUAUAAAGUUCCAUCGAUUACUUCUCCUUUAGUAAAAAAAAUUAAACGCUCUCGUUGAUCUGAUCAAUUCUAUGUGAAAAUUUGUUGCAGAAAUGAGUUAUUUUUCUGCAAUUUUUCUUAUUUUGUACGAAGAUUCAUGGAAACCACCAAAACCCCUACUUUCUCGAGAUCCUAGUUGGAUG